CUGCGUUAAACGCACAGAUGGCUAGAAACGGCCAGGACCGUGGAGCGCACGGAGCUGAUUCCCAGGCCGCAGUUCCACAGGGGAUGUUCUCGAGCAGCCACGUCGACGGAGGCAAGAAGCGAAACGCUGCGGAAAGAUGAAUGGGGCGCCGCUGCCUGGCUAGAGUGGCCGAUACCAUUGGCUUCACCGCGAGGGUGCGGGAGAGAAAAACGAGCCGCCGCCUCCUCCUCCUCACCCCCCAGUUUGCCUGGUCAGGUGGUUCCGUCCAGGUGGCUGCAGGAAACCGCUUCCAAAGCAGAGCUGAAACCGGGCAGGCGGAGCAAUUUCUCGGGCGACUUAAAGGAUCUGCAAGCAUGAGCGAUGGCGACAAGAACCCCGCCAGCACCCCAACCCCAGUCAUCGACGUGCAAGGGGAUGGACGAUGGAUGUCGUUGCACCACCGUUUCAUUGCCGAUAGCAAAGACAAGGAACCUGAAGUGGUCUUUAUUGGGGACUCCCUGGUACAACUGCUGCACCAGUUUGAGAUUUGGAGGGAGCUUUUCUCCCCGUUGCAUGCCCUCAACUUUGGCAUUGGGGGCGAUGCCACUCAGCACGUGCUCUGGCGCCUGCAGAAUGGAGAACUGCAACACAUCCGUCCAAAGAUUGUGGUACUCUGGGUGGGCACCAAUAACCACGGACACACUGCAGAACAGGUGGCUGCUGGCAUAGAAGCCAUUGUGCGUGUCAUCAAUCAGCAACAACCCCAGGCCCGCGUGGUUGUAUUGGGUUUGCUGCCACGGGGCAAAACCCCCAACCCGUUACGAGAGAAGAACAGAAGGGUGAACGAAUUGCUCGAGGUUAAGGUGCCGCUGCUCCCCAAUGCCUCUUUCCUCAAUGUUGACCCGGGCUUUGUGCAUUCAGACGGGACUAUAAGUCACCAUGACAUGUACGACUACCUCCACCUGACCCGCAACGGAUAUGCCAGACUCUGCCCUGGGCUGCAUCGCCUGCUGCUGUGCCUGCUGGGAGAAUGCCAUGCUCAGACACCUUGAUGGAUGCCGUCAAUCACACCUCAAGCGUGCUUGUCAUUGGCUUGAAUGACGGCAGGAGGCUUAGAAGCUAGAUUAUCAGCUGUUCUCAACUGUGCCAACUUUUAAGAUAAGUGGACUUCAACUCCCAGAAUUCUGGGGGUUAAAAGUCCACCCGUCUUAAAAGUUGCCACGGUUGAAAGAACCCGCUCCAGAGUGCCAAAAUAGUUUCCCACCCAUGUUCUGCCUGGUAUAUGGAACUGAGCACUUCUUUACUAACUCCAUAAGCCUCAGUGUGGGUUUUCUGGCAAGGCAUGGGAAUGGAUGGCACAAUGACCUACAGCUGCCAAAAAGAAAAAGUUUGGCAGAAGACUUAAUGGGAACUUAUGUGUUUUUACGUAAUAAAAAUAACCUGAAAUUUC